AGUUCAAAUGAAUUAUUCUUGGACUUUGAAUUAUUAAUCUUGGCUGCAUGAUAUGUAAAUAAGACUGCAGUGACUAUAACUAUGUCUAGUUGCACGGCACUGGGUCAGAAGCAGUAUCAAGUUGCUAGCAAAGAAUUUCUGUCAAAGGAUUCGGUCCUUCCAGCACAAUGGUAUGGAAUACAACUUGUAAAAACUGGCAGGCCACAGAGUUUGCCCUGGAAACGUACUACCUUCCCAUUUUUUAUGGGAUUGAGUUUGUUGUGGGAGUUAUUGGGAACACAGUUGUUGUUUUUGGCUAUCUCUUCUGCCUGAAGAACUGGAAUAGUAGCAACAUCUAUCUCUUUAACCUCUCUAUCUCUGAUUUGAUCUUCUUUUGCACCUUCCCUUUGUUGAUAAAGAGUUAUGCCCUGAAAGAAUGGCUAUAUGGGGGCGUGCUCUGCAUAAUUAACCGAUACAUCCUUCAUGCCAAUCUCUAUACCAGCAUUCUUUUCCUCACUUUGAUCAGCAUCGAUCGAUAUAUGCUCAUGAGGUAUCCUUUCCGGGAACACGUUCUGCAAAAGAAGGAACUUGCUAUCAUAUUCUCUUUGGCCAUUUGGGUUCUAGUGACUUUAGAGCUACUGCCCAUACUUCCUUUUCUAAGUCCUGCAUUAGUCAAUGGCACCAUCUGUACUGAUUACGCAAGUUCUGGGGAUCCCGAAAGCAACCUCAUUUAUAGCCUGUGUCUAACCCUCGUGGGAUUCCUCAUUCCUCUUUUUGUGAUGUGCUUUUUUUAUUUCAAGAUGGCUCUCUUCCUAAAGCAGAGGAACAGGCAGGCUACCAUUGCUUUGCCCCUUGAAAAGCCUCUCAACUUAGUCAUCAUGGCGGUCGUGAUCUUCUCCGUGCUUUUCACUCCCUACCAUGUCAUGAGGAACAUGAGGAUAGCUUCCCGCCUGCGGAGCUUUAAGAAGUUACCCUGCGCAGAGGCCAUCAUCAGCUCCUUAUACAUUGUGACUCGACCUUUGGCCUUUCUGAACAGUGUCAUCAAUCCUGUCUUCUAUUUCCUUAUGGGAGACCACUUCAGGGAGAUGUUCAUCAAUAAAAUGAGGCAUUACUUCAAAUCUUUUACAUGCUUUAGAUAAUGUCCUCAUGGACUAAUGUUUUCAUUCAGGGAAAAAUGAGAUCCUGCGGAAACAUUGUUUCUCACACAUGCUACUGUAGGCCAGUUCGAGUUUGAUAAACUCAUAGAUGUAUAUUAGAGAGGGUCACAAAUCUGACCCUGAUUUAAAGACUUGGAUCCAGGUGUGUGAAAAGAAGGACGUGAGAAGAAUUUAUUGAUUUGUUCAUCUCAAAACGGAAAUGCAUUGGGUUAGCACCAUCUAAUGUUUGAAAAGAUGCGUUCAAUAUCCUAGGGGGAAGAGGAAUAAAAGUUAAAAGAACAGCAUUUUAAUCAUUGGUCAAAUUGCGUGAAAAGAAAUCUGUGUUAAAACAUUUUUUGUUCUUAUUCAUAUGAUUCUAUAAUAUAAUGUGAGAACUGAAUAGCAGAAGAUUAAACAGAUGCUAUUAAUUUUACCAUUGUUAGCUCUUGAGACAACUUAAAGUAAAUAAUAGCAGUGGCAAACAAGAAAACAAUAUAAUGAAUUCAGGGCUUAUUUUGUUGUUUGUUGUGUGGUUUAUAGUGCAAAAAACCAUACUAAAUAGAACCUUAAAAGAUGGUUCAAGAAAAAGAGAGAUACUUUUGAGCUUGGAUCGCAGGAAAUUUAGAUAUAAAUAAAUUUAUCAAAAUAGUAAACAGAAAUAACAAGAAUUAUUGUUAAAAAAAAACCUCAGCUAUAGAACACAAAAUGCCUAUCAAGAAACCCAAAAGCAAGACAAGACAAAGGAAAAGAGAGUACACUGCAUUUGUUAUGAUUCUGCCAUCUGGCAUUUUAUUAUCACAAUUUGAUUUUCAGUGCAUGGAAAUAUAUUAAAGUUCAUUAGCCUUGCUGUUUUUGAUUAAACAGUAAACUUUAAAAUAUAUUAAUAUCAUAAAACCAGCAAAUAAGAGGAAAUGAAAUGCUAAUACCCAAAUUAGUUGGGUUAAUUUUUCCUUUUGGAGGGAAAGUCAUAAUAUUUUCUCCCUGCCCUUCCAUACCACACUUGGUUAAUUUACAAGGACAAUUUUAUCUCAGAGAGAGAAUAAUUUAAAUCUGGAGUGAGCCCUUGUUCUCACAGAAAAGGAUAUAAAGCAUUGGAGGAAAUGUUCUAAAUAAAAUGCACGUUGUGAUUUGUAGACUAUAAGGAAUAUUUAUGUGCAUAUCUAUAUAUUUUUUUCUGAAGAAGUUUAGUUAGACACCAUUUCAGGGCAUAAAAUAAAUUUAGGACAAAAAACAAGUGUUGUAUUAGCUUUUCAAAGUCAGACAAGUAUCGCAUAAUAAUAAUUCACUUAUUAUAUGCUAAAAAAAAUGUCCAUAAACUCCUUUUGUUGAAAUGUUUAACUAAAAGGGGUAAAUGACCUGAAGGAUAAAAUAAGCAUCAGCCUGCUUUGAGAUGCUCUGGCAACAUUAUAUUCUGAUAUUACAAAAACCCAAAAUGUUCUCAGUUAAAUGUUUGUAUAUUGCAGCAACUGGAACAUAAUAAUGCAUUACUCAUAAAACAUUUGUUCUCUUACCUAACAUUCAACUGUAAGAUAUGUUUCAUACUUAACUAUUUUUUAUCAAUUUUUUUUAUUUCUGUGUCAUUUUAUAACUGCUUGAUAAUAAACUGAAAACAGACAUUCCUGAAUUGCCUCAUUAGAAAGGACUACUGAAAGGGCCUUGGGAAAGAAGUAUUUACUAAUCUCUCUAAACAACAACAUAAAAUUUAAGUAUAAUUUGUAUUUUGUGCAUUGUUUUAAAUUUAUAAAGAAGAAAUUAAAUUUGUCCCACUUCUACUCCAAGGGAGGUAGUGAUGGACUCUAAUAGUAGAGGGAAAUAUUGUGUAAAGCCAUAAACUCUUACACAUAUCUUGUAACCAAAAUGUUACAUAAUUUUGUAGCCCAUUUCUUAAUUCUUGUCUUGCUCAAAUUUGUACUGUGGAAACUUAAUCUUUAAAAGAGUAAAGGAAUGUGCAUUAAAAUUCUAAGA